AAGGAGCAGGCAGGUGAGAGUUAGGGAGGAGAUGCUGUGGGGUUAGAAUGACGGCUUUAUCACCUCCAGAGCUUGGGGCCUAGGUUAGGGGGUCAGUUCUUGAUGGUCCAGGGAAGAAGCUGUGGGGUUCUCGACCACUUCUGUAAGGGAGAGGCUACUUCGAAGGUGGUCAGAAGGCCUGAGGAGAGGAGAAGGGGCUCCUAGGGAAUGGUUUGGGCCAAGGUCCCUGGUGUUGGGGGGGGGGUGGUAUUAGGUUCAGGAAGGUAUUGCGAAGGAAUGCCUUGGGGUUUCUGGGAGGCUUCCCUUAGGAGAUGGGACAACUGAAGGUGGGGAGCCCUGGUAAAGAUUCACUUUAUUUUUCUCUUGGGCUCUAAAAAUGGCCUCCCCAAGAUCUCAGGGGUUGUCCCCGGGAAAAAAAAUCCCAGCACCCACUCUGGGCAGAUAAAAGCCCCAGGUUCCAAAUCCUGCAUCCUGUGGUUGGCUUGCUCUGUGACCUUGGGCAAAUGGCUUUGCCACUCUGGGCCUCAAUUUCCUUUUCUGCAAGGGGAUAUUCUCUACUUCCCAAGGUGUUUAUAAAGAUUAAAUAAUAAUUAACUCUAAUAAUAGCUACUGCUGUUUGAACCUGAUGCCAGGGUUCGGUGAGUGGGUUGUUAAGUCCUUGGAACAAACUGGGAUUGUUGCUCUACCCACUGUGCAGAUGAGGAAACUAAGGCCUGGAGCCCCUGAGUCACACAGCAAGUGAUGGGCACUGUGGGGAAUGGAGGCAGAGGAGAUUUGAGGGGUGUGGUGGGAUUCUUACCCCCAUCCAUUCCCCCCACCAGGGCCAAUUCCCAUCCCCCCAGCAGCAUGGCAUCCUGUGCUGAGCCCUCUGCUGCAGACCCUGAGCCCACUGCUCCGCCACCUGCUGGGGUCCCACCACUUGAGGACUUCGAGGUGCUGGACGGGGUGGAAGAUGCUGAGGGCGAGGAGGAGGAAGAAGAGGAGGACCUGAGUGAGCUGCCGCCACUUGAGGAUGUGGGGCAGCCCCCACUGGAGGAGGCUGAGCAGCCCGGGGCCCUGGCCCGAGAGUUCCUGGCCGCCAUGGAGCCCGAGCCUGAACCUGCCCCGGCCCCCGACGAGUGGCUGGACAUCCUGGGGAAUGGGCUGCUGAGGAAGAAGACGCUGGUCCCAGGCCCACCGGGCUCCAGCCGCCCGACCAAGGGCCAGGUGGUCACGGUCCAGCUGCAGACCUCGCUGGAGAACGGCACGCGGGUGCAGGAGGAGCCGGAGCUGACGUUCACCCUGGGCGACUGUGACGUCAUCCAGGCUCUGGAUCUCAGCGUCCCGCUCAUGGACGUGGGGGAGACGGCCAUGGUCACCGCUGACUCCAAGUACUGCUACGGCCCCCAGGGCAGCAGGAGCCCAUACAUCCCCCCGCACGCGGCCCUGUGCCUGGAGGUGACUCUGAAGACGGCUGUGGACGGGCCUGACCUGGAGAUGCUCACGGGGCAGGAGCGUGUGGCCCUGGCCAAUCGGAAGCGGGAGUGUGGCAACGCUCACUAUCAGCGGGCCGACUUCGUGCUGGCCGCCAACUCCUAUGACCUCGCCAUCAAGGCCAUCACUUCCAGCGCCAAAGUGGACAUGACGUUCGAGGAGGAGGAGCAGCUCUUGCAGCUGAAGGUGAAGUGUCUGAACAACCUGGCGGCCUCGCAGCUGAAGCUGGAUCACUACCGCGCAGCGCUGCGCUCCUGCAGCCUUGUGCUGGAGCACCAGCCUGACAACAUCAAGGCUCUCUUCCGCAAGGGCAAGGUGCUGGCCCAACAAGGCGAGUAUAGUGAGGCCAUCCCCAUCUUGAGAGCAGCCCUGAAGCUGGAACCUUCCAACAAGACGAUCCAUGCAGAGCUCUCGAAGCUGGUGAAGAAGCACGCGGCCCAGAGGAGCACGGAGACCGCCCUGUACCGGAAGAUGCUGGGCAACCCCAGCCGGCUGCCUGCCAAGUGUCCUGGCAAGGGUGCCUGGUCCAUCCCGUGGAAGUGGCUGUUUGGGGCAACUGCUGUCGCCUUGGGGGGCGUGGCGCUCUCUGUGGUCAUCGCUGCCAGGAACUGACCGCCCAGGUGGCCGCCAUCCCCUCCAUUCACCGUGGACCCCACCCUGUGCUCCCUAACUCCCCCAGGCUCCCUGUCCACUGCCCUAACUGGCCUAGCCCCCUCCUCUGGGGCGGGGGCAGUGAGGUUUGGGGGUCACGUGGCCCCGCGAGCAGGAGGGACUGAGCCCUACUGGAGGAAAGUGAGGCAGAGCCCGGGCCCCACGUCCAGCCUGGAGCAAGGGGGCUCUCAUUGCUCCAGACCCAAUUCUCACCCCACCCCUGGGGUGAGGUCCCAGCAGGGAUCAGUCCCAGUGUCCUCUUCCCAACAGGCCUGGGGGCAGCCCUCCUCCUGCCUAGCCCCUUUCCAAGCUCCAGCCCCUCCUGCCCCGCCUGCUGCCCUCUGUCCAGGCCCCCUCCACCCACACAAAGUGAAAUAAAAGCCUCCCACCCCGCUC